ACUUCUCCGACUUGCUGAUCUGACGCGUCACUGUUCGCCGCUUUGGCACAUCAACAACUCCUCAUACCACGAAUUACUUAUAAAAGUGUCAUUUAUUUACUAAACAUUUACGUGCACGCCAAUUUGUGCUUUUUCUUCCAGUGAAAAAUAGUUCCAAAGAAACCUAAAAGCUACUCUUGUUUAGACUUGUUCACUCCCCCUCUUUAAACAAAUAAGAGUUUUCUUUUCAAGUAACUCAACCGAUCAAAUUAAGUAGUACCAUACUCUUAAUAUAGUACCAUACUCUUAAUAAUUCGAAGCGACUUCCAAAUAUAAGCAAUGGAGGGAAACGAUGACGGUGGUCAUCACGACCAACACCAAGGGGGUGGUGGGGGGGGAGGAGGAGGUGCAAAGAAACGUCCUAAUGACAACCAGGGCGAUUAUGCUAACAGCCCACAGAAGAAGGGAUUCUUUAAUGGUAGGGCAAAUAAUGCCCAAACUGAUCCUGAAGCAGUCUACUUAAAAUUUAUGGUCCCACAAGCAACGGCUGGGUCGGUCAUUGGCAAAGGCGGUCAAAAUAUUUCAGAUUUGCAAAAGGAAUACAAUGUCCACAUUCGCAUGUCCAAGGCUAAUGAUACGUUCCCCGGAACUGAUAAUAGAGUCGCCAUCAUGUCAGGAAAAGUUGCAAAUGUGUUGACUUCAACUAUGGUAAUCUUCAAAAGAAUGACAUCUCCUUCUGAUUUGUUUCCCAAGAACCCAAGACCGAAAACCGUGUCAGAUAAAGAGUUGUCUUUGAUUGUGCCGCAAGCAACGGCUGGAUUAAUUAUCGGUAAAGGAGGUAGCCGAGUGAAGAGCAUUCAGGAGGAUUCAAAUUGUCACAUCAAUCUUACUCAGAAAAAUGAACAGCUACCAACAAAUGAACGCGUUGUGACGAUUCAGAAUAAUGAUGCAAAUCCGGAUAAUAUUGAGACUGCUUUGAAGUUGAUAUUGGAAAUAAUCAAGGGCGAUCCCCAAUCAUCUUCAUGUCUCACCAUUAACUAUUCAAAUUCUGGAGGUCAUUCAAAUAAUCGGGAUGAUUAUAAUGAGGAUUAUGGAGAUGAUUCCAAAUCAUAUGGUGGUGGAGGAGGUGGCGGUGGCGGUGGUGGUCGUAAUUGGAGAGGAGGUUCUGGUGGGGGCAACAACAACAGUGGCAACUCUUCCGGUCCACAAAAUACCCCCGCAUUUGGGACGACGUCGGGUUACCCACCGCAAGUCCAUUUUUGGUGUACUUUUGCUGGUCCUCCAAUUUCCAAUGGACACACUCCACCUCCACACAUGAUUGAAGGAAUGAAGGCUUACUUGUUGAAUGUUGGAUAUCCUCCAAAAGCAAUCCAGGAAAUCAUUGCUGCUGGGAACUUGUUGGCUUCUUAUGGCAUAUUGAAGCCGGGUAACAUUUCCGUUUUCAAUUCACCUCAACUGCAGAUGAAUCCAUUUUCUGCAAUGGGUGGAGGAAAUGACGCCGUGUCUGGAAUGGGAAAUAUGGGUAGUAUGGGGGGAGGAGGUGGCAUGGGUGGUGGAUCCCUGGAUGGAUGGAACAAUACCAUGGCCGGAAUGUUUAUGAAACAAUUUCAACAAGGAUCUGCUGCAAGAGGGUACGAAGACUUUUCAUUAAGUGGUGGUGGUGGAGGGUUUGACUCUGGCUACAUGAGUGGCAUGGGAGGAAGUGGCGGCGCUGGAGGUGGGAUGAACGUUGGCGGUGGUGGGGGUUAUGGAAAGAGUGACAAUGGAACGGACAAGAGGCGUUUUUGAAGCAGUUGAAAGGACAUGCAUAAAUGAAGAGGAGACAGACGAUGAUCCAUCAAGAGAUGUGAGCAUAAACAUGUUGAGAUUCAAAACUGGCUUCAUACUGACCGCACCUCUUCUCUCCCACUACAUAUGCUCACAGAGAUAUAAAUUAUACAGUUAAUGUCUAAGAUAAUAACUUUAUACUUAGUUUAGUUACUACUUACUACUACUACUACAAUACAUGAUGUACUGGUUAAGGUUCCCAUAUAUGAUUGAUUGAUAAAAUGUACUUGGAGUAUUCGAUAGAGUUAUGUGGAUUUCAUGUCAUUCUUAAAAAAAGUUAACCAUAUGUUCAUUCAUAAUAACCAUUAUUGUAUAUGAUGUCAUUGUUAUUGUUGGGUUCAUUGUUUCAUGCUAUGUUUGGAUACACAUAAAAAAUUGUUUUGUCAUAAUUUCAUGUUCUCCCAUACUGUUAGUCUGUGUUGCUUUUAUGGUAUCAUGCAUCGUUCAAUCUAUUACAAUUCAAUCCUUCAAUUCUUUGGUUUAGCAAAAAAUAUUUUAUGGAACCAACUACAUACAUAUACACAUCUCCUCUAUUAUUAUGUACUAUGCAUAUUUGGUCAUUAUUAAAUUGGCUCCCCUUAAUACUGUA